GUCGUGGUGAACAGGAGAGGUUCCCGAGGACUGGAGAAAGCCAGUGUCACUCCAGUCUUCAGAAACGGUGAGAAGGAGGAUCCGGGAAACUACAGGCCAGUCAGCCUCACCUCCAUCCCUGGGGCUGCACAGGCAGCUUCACUAGCAUAAUGGGAUACCUAUAUCAUAUUAAAAAAUGUGGGAAGGCUGCUUCUGAGCUGGAGAAAAUGGCUAUGAAGUGCCAUCACUGUGGAAAAGCAUACAAAUCGAAGGCAGGACUUGUCUACCAUCUCCGAUCUAAGCAUGGGCCGGUCACUUUCCUCCAUGAGGAGAGAAGAACAGAGAGCCUGAAGGAAAUAAAACGGGAACCAAACACCACAGGCAGAGUUCAGAGGAGAUCUGCAAAGGUGGCAAUCUACUAUCUCCAUGAGCUAGCUGGAGAAGAGCUGGCCAAAGAGUGGCCGAAGAGAAAAGUUCUGCAGGACUUGAUUCCAGAUGACCGGAAGCUGAAAUACACUCGUCCUGGACUGCCCACAUUUAGUCAAGAUGUGCUGUGCAAAUGGAAAACGGAGAUAAAGAUGUACCGAAGAGUCCACUGCCCAAAUCAGGGUUGUGAAUCUGUAUACGGCAGUGUCUCAGGACUCAAAUCUCACCUUGGCACAUGUACCUUGGGAGACUUUGUGGCUGGUAAAUACAAGUGUCUCCUGUGUGAGAAGGAGUUCAUUUCAGAGAGUGGGGUCAAGUAUCACAUCAACUCUGUGCAUGCUGAGGACUGGUUUGAUGUGAACACAACUACCACCAAAAGCUUUGAGAAGCUAAUGAAAAUCCGCCAAAGAGAAGAGCAGAGGAAGCAACGGAAGAAACGUCCUUUGACCCGGGGCAGAAAGAAGAGAACUGGGACCCUGGCUGCCAAGAAGCUCCCCACUGCUGGAGUUGAAAAAAUGAGGAGAAGUAAGAGAGGUCGUCCACAGCGGGUGGACAAUGAGAGCGCAAGCAGCGAGGAGGGGGAGCCCCAAGUUGCACAGAGAGCCGAAUUUCCGAAAACCAGCCGCAAGCGGGGCCGAAAGUAAAUCCCAAGAAGAGGAGGAGUAAUCCUAAAGCUUUUCUGUUAUAAGCCCCACUUCUGUCAGGCUCAUAACCCACAGCCCUAACAUAAGCAACUGAAUGUCUUUGGGACUGUGACUCCAUUCUGCUCAGUGACCUUGAUUUUGAAACUGUUGCCUCUGGUUAGUUGUGAGAGACUUCAAACCAAAGCUGUGGUUCAGAGGCUGCCUCUCCUGGUGUACUUCCUUUGGACAGUGGCGCUAGCAGUGUACCCGGUGUCGUUCCUGC